AUGAUGACAGACUCACCUGCUUCGUUUUCUGAGACCGCUGCUCUGAUUAAAAAAAAUUUCACACAACUCGAGACUUGGCCGAAGAGAGGCUUUUUCCUGGGAUCAAAGAAAACCUAUUUCCUAGAAACAGUUGUCUUCAUAUCUAUCCCAACUUGCAUUUGGGGGUGCAUUGGAAAUGUAAUUGCCUUCUGGAUUCUCUGCGCCAAGACAAAGACAACUAGGUUCACAAUUUAUUCCUUCAAUUUGGUCAUUGCUGAUCUCAUUGUGGUCAUCUACUACCUUAUGGUUUUCAUUUUAUUUAUGACAACAAUUUAUGUGGAUUUGUAUUUUUCACGUGUAAUGGAAAAUCUUUAUUUAAUAAGCUACAACGCUAGCAUCUAUUUUUUAACUGUUAUGGGGACUGAAAGGUUCCUCAUGGUCUUUAAGCCAGUCUGUUACUAUCCUCACCGACCAAAGCAUAUCUCAGGAAUUGUAUGCACCAUUUUGUGGGUCUUGUCCUGCGUAGUGUCACUUGCGGUAUAUAUGUCGUGCUUACCAAGAUUCCUAGUAUCUCAUGAUCAAAAUGACCCCCUUUGUGAAGGUGCAGUUAUAUUUAAAAUUAUUGUUAAUCUGUUGAUUUUCUUCCCCAUCCUGGUCUUUUGUACUCUGCCCCUUUUUAUACGAAUGCAGAGAAAAGCAAAGUUGAGACAUUCUGAGAAGCUUGAUGUCACCAUCACGGCCAUCACCAUUCUGUACCUUUUAUUAGUUUUUCCAAUUAGAAUUGUUGAGGUCAUAGCCUACUGGGACUCAAGACUUGAUGCACCAGUCCCAUUUCUACUUACUUUGUUAUUUGAUUCCAUCAAGAGCAGUGUCACUCCUUAUGUGUAUAUCUGUGUUGGAUGCUGGCAUAGGUGGAGGACUGCAGUACCUAUUCAUGAGUUCCAUGCGAGAGCUCUGGAAUGUAAAGUAAAAGAGAGUGAACAUCAGGCAACCAAGAAAAAAUCAAAUUUCAGAGUAUCUUGGGACCCAGAAGUAAGUUGA